CCCAAGAGUGGCAAGGACUAAACAAAGCUACUCCCUAAAUCUGAAGAUGUCAGCCUUACCAAAUUGAAAUGAAAAAUGGCAGAAAAGUAAGUGCUUAGAAAAGACAUAAGCUGCUAGCCAGAACAGCAAUCCACUACUCACUAAACUUGUUCAAGAUAUCAAAGAAAGGUAUAUAAUGUGAUCUAAAAAUGGGGCACAAGGACAGCUCAACAGUGGUAGAGCUAGAAGUCAUAGGGCAGGAUAUUGCUGGCCUUCAGACAAUCCUCAAGGGCAUUGCUGCUGCAGGAUUCUAUGGCAUUUGCUCUGUGUCAUCAGCAUUUGUUACAAAGGCCUUGCUGGACACUAUGAAGUUUGAUUUUCCAGUCAUGGUUAUGGUUGUGCAGAUGAUUUUCACCAUCAUCAUCCUGGAAGGGUUAAGAUUUGCAGGCGUGAUAGAUCUUCCUCGGUAUACCAUCAAGCGUGGACUUUCUUUCCUUUGGCCUGCAGUUUUCUAUGGACUAAAUGCAGUCUUUUCAUUGAGUGCUCUUGCCCACAUGAAUAUCGCCAUGUAUGGAGUGUUGAAACGGUGUGUGCCAAUCUCUACCAUGGUUUUUUCUACAUUCAUUCUUAAUCAGGGCUGCCCCUCACGUGUCAUCAUGCUCACUGUCUUCAUGCUGAGUAUGGGAUGUGUCAUUGCAGGCUUUGGUGACCUGACCUUCAACUUCACUGCAUACCUGUGUGGCAUCAUCAGUAAUUUCACUCAAGCACUGUAUCUGUUGUUGGUUCAGCGCCAUGCCCAGCACCAUAAGAUGUCAACCACAGAGACCCUGCAUCUCAACUGCCACAACUCUCUGCCUAUUCUUCUGCUUGCUUUGGUUAAUGGCGAGUUCAGCCAUGUGAGAAACUAUCCAGUAAAUCAACAUCCUAUGUUUUUCCUAGUGUUUGGUACAACCAUUGGUGUGGGUAUAUUGUUAAACUACUCCCUAUUCCUGUGCACAGGACUGACCUCUGCACUGACCACCAGUGUGGUGGGAGGUCUCAAAGCCAUGGUGCAGACACUUCUUGGACUUUUCACAUUUGGAGGGGUCAGCCACAAUGUGCCUACUUAUGUUGGCAUCUCUCUCAACUUGUUGGGUGGCAUAGGCUACAUUGCAGCCAAAUAUCAGGAGAACAGAACGGUGCAUAAGGACUUACACAAGGUGAUGUCUCUGCCUUCCUUCACUGCCAAGGGCUUUUUUAAGGGCAAAGGUCAGGAAGAGGCAUCAGAAGACAAUACAUCUUGUUCACUAGAAUCAAGGAAUGGGGAGUGUGUCAAAGAGAGAGAGGUGAUAAAGGCCAUGAAAUCUCAUUCCAUCACUGAUUAAGGCCUGCCAUAGGGAAAGCUGUUUGAUUUUUUUUUUUGUUAAGUUCACAGCCUGCUUAAGAUGUCAUUACUUAUGUGGGUAUACAACACAUUUUUAAUGAAUCUUGAUGUAGAGCACACUUUGCAUAAAUUUGAUCAUUGCUGUGAGAGGAAAAUGUUAUUUCAUUUCUAAAGAUAUACAGGUAGUCCUUGACUUACGACGUUGAUCCGUUCUUACUCGGCGUCGUAAACCGAAUUUCGAUGUAAGUUGGAUCAUACGUUCAUACAGUACU